AUGGCUCAUGUUCCCCCGCCUCCCGUAAGAGUUCCUCUAGCUGCUAUGACCUACUCAGCACCUGUGAUGCAUACAAUUCCACAAAGUGAAGAACCAAUUUUCCAUUCAGGGAAUAUGGAGGCCAACGAUAAGGUGAAUGACUUACAAGAGAAGUAUGAGAUGAUGAACCAGGAAAUGAAAGCUCUCCGUGGGAAAGAGAAGUUUGGGAAGACCGCCUACGAUCUCUGUUUAGUGCCGAAUGUCCAGAUACCCCACAAAUUCAAAAUUCCAGAUUUCGAGAAAUAUAAAGGGAACUCUUGCCCUGAGGAACAUCUGAAAAUGUAUGCAAGAAGGAUGUCCGCAUAUGCCCGGGACGAUCAAGUCCUCAUUUAUUACUUUCAAGAGAGUUUGGCCAGUCCCGCCUCAAAAUGGUACACGAAUCUAGACAAAACAAAGAUCCAAACUUUCCGUGAUCUAUGUGAAGCUUUUGUGGAGCAAUACAGUUAUAAUGUGGAUAUGGCUCCAGAUCGAUGUGAUCUUCAAGCUAUGACUCAAGAGAACAAGGAAACAUUCAAGGAGUACGCACAGCGAUGGAGAGAUACCGCUGCCCAAGUCAACCCGCGUAUAGAGGAAAAGGAGAUGACCAAGCUCUUCUUAAAAACUCUCAACUCUUUCUACUACGAAAGGAUGGUUGGAAGUACGCCCAAGAACUUUGCUGAGAUGGUUGGUAUGGGUGUGCAGUUGGAAGAAGGGGUCCGACAAGGACGUUUAGUAAAAGAUGCAACUUCUGCCAGUGGAACCAAGAAAUUCGGGAGUCACCUCCCAAGAAAGAAAGAACAAGAAGUCGGUAUGGUGGCUCAUGGAAGAUCUCAACAAACUUAUCCAAUCUAUCAACCCGUUGCUGCUAUCACACCCGCCGCCCAUACUAUUCAACCAACAAAUAGCCAUCCUCAAUCCCCACAAUAUCCUCAAUUCCCACAAUAUCCCCAACAACAAUAUCCUCAACAACAAUAUCCUCAACCACAAUAUCAACAACAAUAUCCUCAACCACAAUAUCUUCAACAACAAUACCCUCAACAAAAUCUCCAACAACCAUACCAACAACAGCUGCUUCCAGGGUUACUCAAGAAAAAUUUGGUCCAAACUAGAGCACCUCCUCCGGUACCAGAAAAACUGUCGUCCUGGUAUAGACUUGGCCAAACUUGCGAUUUCCAUCAAGGGGGUCGUGGUCAUAAUAUUGAAACCUGUUAUGCCUUUAAAAGCACGGUACAGAGGCUAAUCAAUGACGGAAAGAUAACUUUUACGGACUCAGCGCCGAAUGUUCAAACAAAUCCAUUACCAAACCAUGGUGCUGCAGCCGUCAACAUGGUCGAAGAUUGCCAAAGGACUCACCUCAUUCUUGACGUCCAACACAUCCAAACACCCCUAGUCUCGUUACAUGCCAAGUUAUGCAAGGUGAACCUUUUUGAGCAUGAUCAUGAUAUCUGCGAAGUUCGGAAGUCAACAGCUGCUCCUUUAGUGAUCUGCUUGCCUGGUCCAAUACCGUAUGUAUCCGAGAAGGCUAUUCCUUACAAAUACAAUGCCACUAUGAUAGAAGGUGGUCAUGAAGUUCCAAUACCGCCUUUGCCUUAUGUGAGUAACGUUGCCGGGGACAGUAGAAUACUGAGAAAUGGGCAUGUUGUUCCUAUAGUGUUCUCGAAGAAAGAUAGUGCUCCAAUGAUUGAGGAAGCUCCGGCUAAGGAUCCUAGUGCUGUCAAAGAGGUAAGCCAGUCCAAUGGGGCCAAUCCAAGUUCAGAGUUCGAUGAAAUUCUCAAACUGAUAAAGAAGAGUGAAUACAGGGUUGUUGACCAACUGAUGCAGACUCCGUCAAAAAUAUCCAUAAUGUCUUUGUUACUGAAUUCCGAGGCUCACAAGGAGGCACUGAUGAAGGUCCUGGAACAAGCUUUUGUGGACUAUGACGCAACCGUGGGCCAAUUUGGUGGGAUAGUCGGGAAUAUCAUUGCAUGUAACAAUUUGAGUUUCAGUGAUGAAGAGCUCCCAGCAGAAGGAAAAAACCAUAAUUUGGCAUUACAUAUAUCAGUGAAUUGCAAGACUGACGCUUUGUCAAAUGUACUAGUAGACACCGGUUCGGCUCUGAACAUGAUGGCCAAAACAACCUAUGACCAACUCUCUUACCAGGGUAUGCCUUUGAGACGGAGUGGAGUAAUGGUGAAAGCUUUUGAUGGUUCAAGGAAGAAUGUUCUUGGAGAGGUACUCCUGCCUAUUACAAUUGGGCCACAAGUUUUCCAGAUUAAUUUCCAAGUGAUGGACAUUCAGGUAUCAUAUAGUUGCCUGCUAGGCCGACCCUGGAUCCAUGAGGCGGGGGCAGUGACGUCUACACUGCAUCAAAAGUUGAAAUUCGUGAGGAAUGGGAAGCUGGUAACAGUGAAUGGUGAAGAGGCUUUGUUGGUGAGCCAUUUGUCGUCUUUCUUAUUCAUCGGGGCUGACAGUGUUGAAGGGACACCUUUUCAAGGAUUUUCCAUGGAAGAGGAGCGUACCAACAAGAGUGAGGCAUCUAUUUCUUCUCUGAAGGAUGCUCACAAGGUAAUACAAGCCGGAGGAUCUGCAAGCUGGGGAAAGUUGAUAGAACUGCCAGAAAACAAACGCCGAGAAGGGCUGGGUUUCUUUCCAUCAGCUGAUUCGUCCAAGACAAGAACCGUCGUCGAGCCAAUAAAGGGUACUUUCCACAGCUCCGGUUUCAUUCAUGCAAUCAUCAAAGAUGAUCCGGAAGAAGUGCCUCGAAGUUUUGUGACACAAGGAGGGUCUAGCCACAAUUGGGUUGCUGUUGAUGUUCCUUUUAUUGCUCACUUGUCCAAGUAA